GAUGCUGCUGAGCGGAGCUGCGGCCGGCUCGGAGCGAGGCGGCGGCGCGGGGGCCGGGGCCGGAGGGGCCCCGCAGUGCGUGGGCACCAUGGCCCGCUGGCUCCGCGAGCACCUGGGCUUCCGCAGCGCCAAGCCCGCGCCCCCCGCUCCGCCCAAGCCCGACUACCGCGCCGGGCCGCCGCCGCAGCCGCCCCCGCCGCCCGGGGGCGACGCUGAGCCGUUGGCCGCCGCCCAACCCGACAUCGUGGCGGCCUACCGGCUGCAAAAGGAGCGAGACUUCGAGGACCCCUACAGCGGGCCGCCUCCGCCCGCCGCCCCCGACGGGCCGCGGUACGUUUCGCCGAAGCACCGGCUCAUCAAGGUGGAGGCGGUGGAGAAGGUGCCCGCCAGCCCCCCGCCACUGACAUCCGCCGCCCCCAGCUCGCCGCCAGACGGCCCAGAGCUGCCCGACGAGACACCGCAGGAGCUGGCUGUCCUGGAGGACUAUGCAGAUCCCUUUGAUGCGGCGCAGGUGGCAGGUAGCCAGGCAGGGCUGGAGAAGGUGACAGAAAAUGAUGGAUACAUGGAGCCAUAUGAAGCCCAGAAGAUGAUGGCUGAGAUCCGCCAGAAAGGUUUACGGGAGGCUCCUGCCCGGCCACUGCACCUCUACGACACUCCCUAUGAGCCUGUGCUUGGAGGGCUGGAUGUUGACGGUGACCGCCCAGCUUGCCCCAGGCCCAGGGAGUCCCGGCUGCCAGAAGAUGAUGAGCGGCCACCAGAGGAGUAUGACCAGCCCUGGGAGUGGAAGAAGGAGCGGAUCUCCAAAGCCUUUGCAGUUGAAAUCAAGGUCAUUAAAGACCUGCCAUGGCCACCGCCAGUGGGACAGCUCGACAGCAGUGAAAGCCCCGCGGACAGUGAGGCUGGUGCCUCUGUCCCUCCGCAGCAUGGCCAGCCCGGCUACGAAGACACCAAUGGUCCACCGGAGGGGCUGGGGUAUGGUCGCACCUCACCCUGCAGGGAGGAGAAGGCCAGGGCUGCCCUGAGGCAUGGCUCCAGCAGUUUAAAAAGCACGAAGAUGCUCAUCGCCGAGCCUGGCCCCUUUGUUGGGGAGAGGAUUGACCCUGCCCUGCCCCUGGAGAGCCAGUGCUGGUACCAUGGGGCCAUCAGCCGGACGGAUGCAGAGACUCUGCUGAGGCUGUGCAAGGAGGCCAGCUACUUGGUGCGCAACAGUGAGACCAGCAAGAAUGACUUCUCCCUCUCCUUGAAGAGCAGCCAGGGCUUCAUGCACAUGAAACUGUCUCGGACCCAAGAGAACAAGUAUGUGCUGGGUCAGCAUAGCCCACCCUUCGACAGCGUGCCAGAGAUCAUUCAUCACUAUGCGAGCCGCAAGCUGCCCAUCAAGGGGGCUGAGCACAUGUCCUUGCUCUACCCGGUGGCUAUCCGUACCCUAUAGUACUCACCAUCCAUGAACCAGGCUCCAGGCUGGGUGCAUCUGAAACUGGUCCAUGUGCAGGGCCAAGCGCAGUCACACUGACCACCGGCUCUGGACCAGCAGCUCACAAGCAGCUUGCUGGGGACAGCCAGCGCUGUUGGGGAUUGCUGCAGCUGGACCCUUCGUCCUGCUCCCUUGGGGGGCUCAUGCGCACUGGUUUGCCAGCUGGGAUGGCGCUGGGGGGAACCCGUGCCUGAGGAGCUGAGAGGGGCUCGCUGGCUGUCCACUGCCCUUGCCUACCUCCAGGCAGAGCUCAAGACAUUAGCACUAGAGCUGGGGCCUUGGAGAGGCAAGGGAGGGGGGUUAUGUGUUGGAAAAGGGAGAGAAAUCAACUGGUAGCAGACAUGAAGUGCCACCAUCAGGGUGCCUGGCUCUACCCAUGGGAGACAGAAUACGCCAGAAGGCAAGAAGGCUGGCAGGGACAAGCCUGACAGGAAUAGUGAGACAUGGCAGGCUGGGCAGGCUGUCCCUGCCACCCCCCACACUGUGCUCAGCACUCUGCCAUCCUCUGCCAAAUGUACAUAGUGACUGCUCUCAGCUAGGCGUGCAGCACCGCUGCCUAAUAAAGUGGUGCAUGCUCACCUCCUGCUCCAUGCAUCCCACCACCCUAAGUGGGGGGGUUGGUGUAUCAAAAUGGCGGGAAGGGGUAUUUUAUUAUAUAAAAGCUUGAAGUGAAUUGCUUUUUCCUUCACUCUUGCACGCACGAGUCUUGAAACCUGUGAACCUGAGCGGUCCAGCCAGCUUACUCAUCUGUAACACAGGGAACAUGGGAAGCUGGUGGUAAUGUCCUUGCUAUGUCUUUGGGACACUUUGUGGGUAGCAAAAGUGGACUUGUGGACUUGCCUGUUAUUCCCUGUAGAAGGGGGUGCUUUUUGGGAUCUUUUUGCCUCCUCGUUUUCCUUCACCCUUCGUAAGUCUUAGGCAAAAUCCCUGAAUUCACAGAUCUCCCAUUCUCCUCCUCUGGGUAUAUACUGGCCCCAGUCUUGUUCUUUGUCUUCCUGUUACCUUGUCUUUGGGCUAGCUUGCUUCUUUUCUUCAUUUGGCUGAAGCUAUGUGUGAUGCUCUGUAGCAUUUAAUGCAUACCUUGCCUUUUAACCUUGUUCCUGGUGUUGCUUGCUGCUGUACCUACACACAUUUCCUCCAUCCAUGCUUCAGACUAAGCUCAGUCUCACUGUUCCUCCCCUGCAGUGUGUUUCCUUUCUCCAGUCCCUUAGUGGUCUUGCUGUGCUCAGCAGAGAAUGACAACAGCAAAUUUGCUGCUGGACCAGCAAAACCUUUUGCAUCAGCAGAGCAAAGUGCUUGGGGCAUUGGUGAUGAUGCAUCAACAGUGGUUUGAUGAAGGCUUUGCGAAAAAGCAUCAUCCUCCCCACCGCCUGUUCCCAGAAAAAAGCUGGUCCUGCUGAGGGGGGUGGAGGUGGUCAAUGGGGCCAUGGGGACCUUGCAUGGGUCCCCGUUCUACUUACUGUCCAGGGCUCCAGGGUUUUCCAGCUCAAUCUGUAGCUAGGGAUCGCUGCCCUGGCUGCCCAGCAUGGCUUUGAGCUGCUGUGGGGACCAUUGAGCAUGGCCAAUGUGGUCUGUGAGUGCACACCACGGUUUGGAGCAUGCAGAAACUGGUGAUUUGUUCCAGGAUACCUCAGCCUCCGCCACUCCUUAAAAGGCAGCAGUUUGAGCUCAUCAGGCGCCUGGUGUCUCCUUACAGCCCUGCUUGGCUGACUCUCUCCAUCCCUGGAAGGCAUCUUGUCUAGCAGGGACGGAGGCAGCACUGGAGGGUUUUUGUCCUGGCAGUGCCACACCAGAGCCCGCAGAAAGGGCCAGAGAUGCAGAAAUCUUCAGAGAUGCUCUUGGAUGCCCUUGCUGUAUUUAAAGGUCUCAAGGGCUCUUAGCAGCCCUGCUGUGCCCUGAUGACUCCAGCACAGAUCUCAUCAUGGGGGAUACUCUGCCUUCUCUGUGGCUGCAGCUGGGAAAGCAGAGGCUGCUUGGGUCCAUGCAGCUGGGGAACAUAGGCACGUGAGAGCCUCCCCAUAUUCUGGUUCUUUCUCUGGAGAAACCGUAGUAGUGAGCAAACUGCCUAGCAGCCAGUGCUGGUUGUAUCAGUGCACUCACGGCUUUACAGUGAAAUCCUGUCCAAGCACUCUAGCUCCAUCUCGGGGACAUCCAGGCCGAGCACUAAGAGGCAUGAGACCUGCGUGUGUUUCAUCAGCUCUCCAGAAACAGUCACUGCUCUGGACCUGGGCUUCAUGUCCAAGUGAUUCAGCUAAGCAGCUCUCAAUCCUCGCUGUGGCAACUACAUCCCUUCUCACCCCCUUUUUCUCCAGGCUAAAGAAGCCCAACUCAAGCAUCUCCUUGCACAACACAUUGUCCAGCCCUGGCUAUCCUAAUGGCCCUCUGCAGGACUCUUAUUGUAUUUGGGGUCCAGAACUGGACACAGUAUCCAGAUGUGACCUCACAAGUGCCAAAUAAAGGGAAAUAACCACUUCCUUUGACCUAGUUGCACUCCUAUAACUUGGGAUGGAAGAGACCUUAGGAAGUCUCUAGUCUACCCUCCUGCUGCAAGCAGUGUUAGUGCUGACCAGUGUCAAGAGGGGUAUUUUUUGAGAAGCAGAACUGCCCUAAGCCUAGCUAGGGUUUUUCUCCUCUUCAUAGCAUUAUGAGGGGAGACUGGACACCAGCGAUAGAGGGCUGCAAAUUCACUGCAACCUGAGGGCAAUGCCUCCAGCCCAGUGGAGCCUCCAGCUCCACGAGGGCCCUCAUGAUGGGGGAGGUCCAACAAGAAAGAUGUAGGAGCAAGGUACAGGAUGCGGAGCCAUAGCAAAGAGCCAGCCCUGACACAGGGACAGGGGAUGGACAUUAUGGGGCAGAUCCAAGCAGAUCAUGUGUCCUGUUUGGAUCCAGGAGGCGUCAUUUUGAGUUUCCACAUAAAGUAUAUGACUCUGGAUCUGGCUGGUUCAUCUUCUGUUUGCAGUGGGAACUGACCAGAAAAUUUGAAUUGAAUCUCUCCUGCAAGGGUAGUUUAGUGCUACGUUUGCCAUCCCCUAACUGGGGUGAUGUAUAGGAAUGGGGUGGUUGAGGGCAGCCAUGUGGCAGGGCUACAGAGGUGAUGGGUGGGAUCCCCAUUCACGAGGAUGUUAAUCCCCAGGACAGACAGGGUCCAGAGCAACCUGAUGUGGCUUAGAUGUUAAUCCUGCUGGGAACAUUAAAAGAACCAGAGACCUUUGUAUGUAGCAAUUCCCAAUCCACUUGUCCUAGAAAUCCCCCAUGUCCCCCCAGCUGCCUGUUCCCUGUCCCUCCCCCCUGCAAGUAAAAGAGCUCUGCCAUUCAUCGGUUGAUCUCUAAUCCCUUGCUAAGCCUUCCACAAUCAAGAGCUGUUUUAGUAUUCUGCAGGCCCUGGUGAUGAAGGAAGGAAGUUUGUUUCGUAAUUGGAUUAGCACUGCUGGGAGCAUGCUCUCAUAUGGCAGUGAAGGCUGGGCUGACAUGACCCCUUAGCCCUGUGCUGCUUUGCCUGGUUGUGGGCCAGCUUGGGGCUCCACUUAACUCCUGCACAGAACUUCACUGGCCAAAAGAUGUAGUCUUGCCAGAAGGCAACCAAGAGGGAUGAAAGGCUGAUUCAGGGCAGAAUUUGAGCUUACCCUCCUUGGAAGCUGGGAUGUGUUUGCUGAAACCUCGUCCAUUAUGUCUUUCACCUUCUGGAAAUGAACCACUUUACUUAGCAUCAUCAGCCUCAUCACCCACCCUAGCACAAGCCAUCAAGGUUCCUGAACACCACGUGGGCUGGAGAGCAUCACCAGUAACUGAUACUUAGACUGGGUAAAACCCUCAGAUCCAUGCACCCUUACUGCCUCUCUGCCCUGGAAGUUCCCUUGAGCCCAUGCCUCGUGAUUAGUUUAAAACCCCAGCCCUAGCAGUGAUGCCUAAGUUGCUUGUAUAUCACUGAAAACAGAGUGCCCUCUAUUCUGUCUCCAAGCACAGCAAUCUGCAGGAGGAUUAAAUAACCCAACAGUCCAGCUGCAGAAGUUUAUAGCAGAGGAAAGAAAUUUGUUCCUGAUCCCUGCAGGCUACCAGCAAAAUGUGCAGUGCAGCACAUACAGAGCACAUGCAUGCAUGUGGCACACACAGACCAACUGAAUGCCUCCUUUUAAAUCUUGUAAAGAGCAAUAUGUUUGACAGAAGAGGCAAGUUUCAGUCCUUAACUCAGUGACCACUCAAGCUCAGUCCCUUUCAUAUACUUCCCCAGCAUUGUCUUAAGCCCAUUACUUGCUCAUGUUACUCUGUUUGAAAAUUGUCCCAAAACAUCCAUGCCUCCACCAAAUUUUCAGUCUACACUUGUUAGCAGUUUUCUCCUUUUCCUUGCACAAUUUUGCAGGCAUGUCUCCAGAACAGCAUGCUUGGGCAGAUACGCUGGGUGAGAUCUUCCCAGUGCCUUCAUAGUAAUGUGUCUGUUUCCCUGCUGAAAAUGCAUCUCAGGCAUGACAACUCCACACUCCGAGCCCUGCACUGCUUGCUAUUAACAUUAGUGGGGUCAUCCCAAGACUAGGGUGGAGGAACCAUGCUAGAGAGAGCAAGGGACACCCUUUUUGACACAACCCAUCAUUUACUUGAUUAGCUGCUUCCUCUGCUAUAUCCAUACCUCUGACUUCCAGCAUUAGGGACUGUUUGUACUGGGUACAAAUAAAACUUUUUCCUUAAAUCUAACCAGCCUAAAUACACUGCAUCACCUUGUCUAAGUUAAUUAUCAAAGUAAAAUCAUUAUGCUACACUAAGACAAGGUAUCUGUGAUAAAUUCUGUUUCCAGUUCCCCUCCUAUCUUGAAGCUGGAUCUCCUUCAAAACACUCUUUUAAAGGUAUGAAUGUCUAGAUAUGUUUUAAUAUCUCUUUUCACUUUCUUGGACGUGGAAGGCACAUUUGCUGCAUUUGUUUGCUAUUUGAGCUAUAUCCAGGUUAUCCUAAAUCUUGUCCUUUCACAGUGAGGUGACCUUGGUCCUUUUUUCUCCAAUCUCCUGCAGCACCUCCUGGUUGACCCUCAUCUCAUGCAUUCAAAGUAUGUCCUUAUCUGGUGGUUGUGCCUCAGGCAUUCUCUGUCCUUCAUAUCUUACUCAGUUUGAUGACCUGCACAGCUACAAGUCUUUCUUUUAAUUUCGAGGAUAAAAGUGUGCAUACUGAAUUGUUCUCCAUUAAAUGGCAGUGCACUGCAAGUCCUUA